CUCCCGGUGGGCGGCGCGCGGCCGGAAGCGGAAGUGAGCGGCGCGAUCAUGGUGCCGCUGGGGCGGGGAGGGAGCGGCUGCCGGCGCCCGAUGAGUCGUUGUGGCCGGAGCUCCCGGUAGCGCGGAGAGAGGCGCGGAGCCAUGGGCGAGAACAGCCCCGAGGGCAACGUCAUCUACUAUGAGGUGGAGGAGGACGACCUGGCCCAGGAUGACAAUAUGAUGAGGUUUGCUGACAAAAAUGGGCUAGUGUCCUCCUCCUCCGGGACGGUCUAUGACAGGACAACUGUGCUCAUCGAGCAGGACCACAGCGUGCUGGAGGAGGAGGAGGAUGAAGGACAGUGUGGUGAACACUUGCCUUUUUUACCAGAGGGUCAUGAAGAAGGAUUUCAUUUAAUAGCAGAUCAUGAAGGAAUGUCCCAGGGUUAUGUGCAACACAUUAUUUCUCCAGAUCAGAUUCAUCUAACAAUAAAUCCUGGUUCAACUCCCAUGCCCAGGAACAUCGAAGGAGCAACGCUCACUCUGCAAUCUGAGUGCCCAGAAACCAAGCUCAAGGAAGUGAAGCGCUACCAGUGCACCUUUGAGGGCUGUCCCCGCACCUACAGCACUGCUGGCAACCUGCGCACGCACCAGAAAACCCACCGCGGGGAGUACACCUUCGUGUGCAACCAGGAGGGCUGUGGCAAGGCCUUCCUCACCUCCUACAGCCUCAAAAUCCACGUUCGAGUGCACACCAAGGAGAAGCCAUUCGAGUGUGACGUGCAGGGCUGUGAGAAGGCAUUCAACACACUGUACAGGUUGAAAGCACAUCAGAGGCUUCACACAGGGAAAACAUUUAACUGUGAAUCAGAAGGCUGCAGCAAAUACUUCACAACGCACAGUGACCUGAGGAAGCACAUUCGAACACAUACAGGAGAAAAGCCAUUUCGGUGUGAGCAUGAUGGCUGUGGGAAGGCUUUUGCUGCAAGCCACCACCUCAAAACACAUGUUAGGACACAUACUGGGGAGAAACCCUUCUUCUGUCCCAGCAAUGGUUGUGAGAAGACUUUCAGUACCCAGUACAGUCUCAAGAGUCACAUGAAAGGUCAUGAGAAGGGACAUACCUAUAAUGCACUUCCCAAUAACAACGUGUCUGAGGAUACGAGCCACUCACUUUGUCUGAGUGAUUUAAGCCUCAUAUCAACAGAUUCAGAAUUGCGGGAGAACUCUAAUCCAACACAUGGACAGGACCUCAGCACAAUCUCACCAGCAAGCAUCUUUGAGUCUAUGUUUCAGAGCCCAGACCACACUGCAAAUCACGACGACUCUCAGCAGACAGCUUCCUUGAUUGAAGGGUUUAACGGUGACACGGACUCGGUCGCUGCGGUCCCGCCCCCGGCAGGAGAUGCUGCGUCGUUGUCCCUCCCCCUGGUCCUGCAGCUUGGCCUCUCCGAGCCCGCACAGUCAGCACUGCAAGCCUCAGCAGCACCUGCUGCUCCCUCCGCCAUAACACCCAGCUCACAGCCUGUGUUUGGGAAUCCUGCAACUGUUUUACAAUCCCCAGAAGUGCCUGUUCCUCACAGCACACAGUUUGCAGCCAGUCACCAAGACUUCCUGCAGCACACCCAGCCGCCGCCGCAGCCCAUCGUACAGGGACUGUCAGUGGUUGCUGGGGCUCCUACCCCAACAGCCCCGAGUGCCGCUGAGCCCCUGCCAGCUGUGGUUCAGACUGUGCCUGUGGGUGCCAACCCCGUUCUGACCAGUAACCCCACUAUAACCAUUACUCCUUCUCCGAGCACCGCCAUUCUGCAGUCCAGUAUUGUCAUGGGAGAGCAGAACUUACAGUGGAUCCUGAACGGUGCCGCUGGUUCCUCACAAAGCCAAGAACAAAUGCCACAAGUUCCAAAAGUAGUAGAAAAGGUGUUUUUUACCACUGCAUUACCAGUAGCUGGCAACACAGGAAACCCUGUUCAGCAGAUUGGUCUCAGCGUUCCUGUCAUUAUAAUAAAGCAGGAGGAGGCCUGCCAGUGCCAGUGUGCCUGCCGAGACUCUGCCAAGGACAAAGCCACUGCCACUGUUAAGAAGGAAUGUUCCUCACCUGAUUCGAAAGCUUUGGAGCAGCCAGCACCCCAGCUGCAGCCUCAGACCUUUCCUUCCUCCUCUGCUCCUCCCUCCUGUGGGCAGAGCAGUCAGAUAGUUAACCCUUCAGACUCCCAGACUGAAACAUUAAGUGCCAUGGAUGUAUCGGACUUCCUGUCCCUCCAAAGCCCUGAAACCCCAUCUAAUAUAAUUCCAAUUGAAGCACUACUGCAGGGUGAGGAAGAAAUUGGUUUGAAUAGCAGCUUCUCUAAGUGAAGAUGUUCCAGAGUUUCCUUUGCACCUGGAGGAUAAAACCCUUCUCCUUAGAAGCAGAAACUGAAGGAUUGGUUCCUAUUCCUUCCUCGUUGGAAGUUUUGUGGCUUAUUUCUGCUUCACAGGUGGCAUCUUAGUCACAUCCCAGGUACAUCCACCUUUGAGAUUCUAUCUAAAAAAAAAAAAAGGUAAAAAAAGAAAAAAAAGAAAAACCUAAGUUAUAUAUGAACUGUUUUGGCUGCACUGUCUGUCACUUUUGCUUGUCAUAUGUGAACACAGAAGUUAAGGUUACUCGUGUGCAAAAAGAUUUUAAAAAGGAAAAGGGGGGUUAGUUUGUUUCCAAUUGCACAUCACUUAUGUUUGGGAUUAAGGUACUGGCAGCAAGUGGGUCUUUGUUACAACCUCUUGGGUCUAUAAUUUUCUCCUGUCUCUUGUGUCUAUACUAAGCAUGCACUAAAGGGGAGCCCAGGAAAGGAGGCUGCUGGGGGAGGAAAUGGCAUUGCUGUGGAAGAGGAUUUAUCUGCAAUAUGAUUGGAAUGCAAUUGUCACAUCCCUGCUGGGGAGCUGGUGCCUGGGUUGACUGUACUAAUGCUGUUACUAAAGCCUGCAGGAACUUUGGGGGAGUUUAUUUUGGCAGGGCACAAGUACCUUGUUCCCCUUUUAGAUCUGUUCAUUUAAUUCCAUUAGGACUCAAGUGUGUUGCAGACAGUGUGUCACAACACGGAAGCACAGUCGGAGCUGCUGCUGGCUCCGGCUCCAGAGUCUGUUUUCUGUGCCUCUCUUCAAAAGGGUGCAGUGAGUCCCAGGUGUGGUCAGGUUGGUGCCUGCUGCUCUUUUGAUUUCUUUGGCUCUGUUCAGCAACAAGUCAUCAUCCUAACCCCAGGACUGUUGAAUCAGAAGCACGGUGCCUUUGCUGGUUACUCUCAUAUUUUGUGAAGAACAACUCUAGGAAAAUUUUCAGAAAGAUUUAACAUAAAUUAAUUUUUAAUUCAG